AUGCCCCACUUGAUUACUGGUGGUCGCAUAGUCGUAAACUGCCCGCGUCAAGCUUCAGUUCAGCUUCCUUUCCCACGGCAAGCUUCAGAGCCCAACUUCCAAAAUGGUACGUCGCAGCGCUUCCCCUCGAAACUCAACAAUCUGGCGAUCCAGAUGCGUUUACCCCUCGGCCUCUUGAACGCCGCCCAAGGGCACCCCAUGCUCGUGGAGCUGAAGAAUGGCGAAACCCUCAACGGACAUCUGGUCAUGUGCGAUACCUGGAUGAACUUGACGCUGAAGGAGGUCGUUCAGACGAGUCCGGAAGGCGACAAGUUCGUCAAGAUCCCCGAGGUAUACGUGAAAGGAAAUAAUAUCAAGUACCUGCGAGUCCCCGACGACAUCAUCGACGUGGUCAAGGAGAACCAAGCGAACCACCAGCAAGGAGGCUUCCGCGGUGGUAGAGGAGGAAACAGAGGGGACCACGGAGGCCGCGGCGGUGAUAGAGGUAGAGGCAGAGGCCAGGGCCGUGGAGGACGGGGACGUGGUAACCGUGGUGGCUCAUGA